CUCCGAACGUCUUUUUCUCCAGCGCGGCGCGAACCACCCAAACUUCAUCUGGUGACGACAGCGCUCUUGUCCAGCUCAGUUGCUUACGUUCUUUUGGAGCUCUGUACCAUGUCUGACUUCGGCGACGACGAUGUCGGUGUCGGCGGCGACGAGCCGAUGCUGGAGGAGGAGGAUGCGAACGAGUACUACGACCCUGAGGUCGUCGAGGACGAAGACGCCGAGCGCACUGCCGAAGCCGACGAGCAAGACAACGUCGUCAUCUCGGGCGACCCGUCGGCGGCGGCCAACGCACUCAAGGGCGGCGAGAAGAGCACCAAGGACAAGAAGAUCCCCGAGAGCGAGCGCUCGACCACGCCGUACAUGACCAAGUACGAGAGGGCGCGCAUCCUGGGCACGCGCGCGUUGCAAAUCAGCAUGAAUGCGCCGGUGCUGGUGGACCUCGAGGGCGAGACGGACCCCCUUCAGAUCGCCAUCAAGGAGCUGCGAGAAAAGAAGAUUCCUUUGAUUGUGCGAAGGUACAUGCCUGAUGGCUAGUAAGUUGAACCUUUGACACGAUGCGCUGACGGCGGUGUAUCAUGGCUGACCUGGCUGCACAGCUACGAGGACUGGACGUGCGAGGAGCUGCUUCAAUGAGCGAGGGCAUCCUAUGGAUCUUUUGUGGCGACGGGUCUACCGCCACGAAAGUGCAUACGCGGGACCAAGCUCGUGCACGUAGGAUCCGGAUCUGCUGCGCCUGAGGACAUGUCGACUCCCCCGGUCCACGAUCAACGACGACUCUGCGCGGAUAGGUAUCUCGGGAGUGUCGUACAAGAACAAUUUGGGAUACCACUAUUCUAGUUUUCCGAGCCUCUAUUGUUCCGUGCGUCACAAUGGUGCGCAGUGGCCCCUCAGGCGGUUGGAAAUGCCGCGAGUGGAGGGCAUGGCGGCCAGCUUAUCGGAAACCUUGCCGUACACUACAAUCGGGAAGCCGCUUUCGAUAUCUUCCACGCCUUUGCAGCGUUGAUGCUCGGUUUGGGGUUUGGGGGCCGGGCGCCGGUCCUGUGAGAUGUCUGUCCAGCCACAGCCACUUGCGGGACCUGGUAUCGUGGCAAGGCCUGGGCUUGUCGAUGGCGAAGACUGUAUCGCACGUGUCGUGGCCACGGGCCUCCAGAUGGAUGUGCAUUUACCCACCAUUCUACUUUAUACGAAUCGAAGAAGUCUGGACAAGUUGCAGUUGGAUCCUGUUGAUGAUUCGCUUUGUAAAUGAUUUCCCUGGCCACCAAACGGGCCAAAGUAGGCACGAAGCCGUCUGAGAUGUUGAAGUAGACUAAGAUACAAGGAAGCGAUGC